AAAAUUUUAUAAAUUUUUACUCUAUAAUUAUAUUAGCAAUAUAUUUAAUUAGUAAUAAAUGUUUAAAAAAAUAAGAAAAAAAACUAUAUAAUUUGUUGUAAAAAUUAUUUUUAAUAAAAAUGGAUCCGAUGUCAUCAACAAAUGAAAUUGGAAUGCAAGACACUAAAUUGGAUAUGUAUGAUGAUAUAUCAUAUAAUAUUGAUCCUCAAAAUGUUGAAGGGGAAAUGACUGUAGGAAGUACAAGACAAAAAGCUAAUCUUGGAGAACCAGAAUUUAAUACUUUAGAUGAACCUAUUAGAGACACUAUCCUGAGGGAUCUCAGAACAGUUGGUAGCAAAUUUUAUCACGUUAUUUAUCCAAAAGAAAAGUCGAGUCUACUUAAAGAAUGGGAUCUUUGGGGCCCGUUAGUGUUAUGUACAUUUAUGGCAAUGAUAUUACAAGGCUCUGCCGACGGCACAAAUUCAAACGAUGGUGGACCAGAGUUUGCAGAAGUAUUUGUAAUUGUAUGGAUUGGAUCGAUGAUCGUCACAUUAAAUUCUAAAUUAUUAGGAGGAAAUAUAUCAUUUUUCCAAAGUGUUUGUGUCUUGGGUUAUUGUUUAUUACCAACAACAAUAGCUCUGAUUGUAUGUAAAAUAAUUCUUCUAUUUGAACAGACAACUUAUUUAUUUAUCAUACGUUUUAUUGUUGUAAUUAUUGGAUUUAGUUGGGCCACUUAUGCCUCGACAGCUUUUCUCGGUGACAGUCAACCACCCAAUCGAAAACUUCUCGCAGUUUAUCCUAUUUUUUUGUUUUACUUCAUUAUUUCGUGGUUAAUUAUAUCUCAUUCCGCAUAAAUUUAAUUCUCAGUCUCUUCCGAGAUUAAUAUAUGCACAAAUAAAUAAUUAAAUUAUCAAAUUUAAAGACAAAAAUCCAGCAUUUAAUCUACGAAAAAGGUAUUGAUUUUUUUUUAUUAUUAUCAUGCUGAAAUAAAACAUUCUAAUUCAUGGUAUUGGUACUCGAGUGCCAAUCAUUUGAUAUUUAAAAGUAACAACGCCAUUAUUUUUAAGUUAGAAAAAUUUUACAAGAUUAAUAAUAAUAAUAAUAAUUGAUUUAAAUAUAAACUUUGAUAUAUUUCAUUAACUUUAUCAUGUGAUGUAAAUUGUAUAUAAUAAUAAUUAAUUAUAAAAAAUA